AUGAAACAAGGGAACGUUGAGGUUGACUCUGAAGGACGACGAAUCAACCCCAUGGGGAUUCAGAUGUUGUCUUCAGGUUUGUACAACCAGCUUUUCGGGGACUACAACCAGACUAACUCCUUGACCAAGCCUGAGAUGGUUAAGUUGGAGGCUAUGGCCAAGCAUCAUCUGAUGAAACACGAACUACUGGGCAAGAAGACCAAGAAGGAAAACAUCAUCGAUUUCGACUUGCCUCCAAUGCUUGGAUCCAGUCUGGACGAGCAUUUCUAUCGAAUGGCUAAAGUUAUGGGGGAACCCUACAUGGAUAUUAUCCAGGGCAUGAUGACCAAGGAGUUCCCUGCCAAACCUAGGCCCAGGGACGUGAAGACAGAUAUCAGUGGAUGGAUGAGAUACGCCAAGGGGAAGAAACCAGAGCGAGUAGAUUACCCCAAAGAAAACGGCCUGGUCUUUGAUAUCGAGGUGCUCUACAAGGUGAGUGGAUACCCUGUGAUGGCAAGCGCCGUGAGUACUGAGGCCUGGUAUGUCUGGCUCAGUCCCUGGCUGGUGGAGUCACGCGAAACUGGCGUGGAUGUGGAGGAAAAGACCAAGAGUCUAGAUGGGGAAAACCUGAUUGUCAACCAUCCCCAGGAAUCAAUGCAUCUUAUCCCCCUGGGUCCACCGGAUGAACCUCGGGUGAUUGUGGGACACAAUAUUGGCUACGACCGUCAAGCAGUCAAGGAAGAGUACUCCCUUAAGCAGACGAAAAACUUUUUCAUGGAUACUCUGUCACUGCAUGUUUCUGUCAACGGCAUGUGUUCUCGACAACGAGGAACGUGGAUGAAGGCUCGAAAGGGCCAGAAACGUAUGAAGAAGCUGUUGGAUGAUGAGGAUCUGAGUAACGAGGAGAACGUUAACGAGCUGCUGGAUAUCUCAGACGAUCUUGCAGAUGCUUACUCUGAGGACCCCUGGGUCAUGGUUUCUGCCACAAAUUCGCUAGCUGAAGUGGCUCAUUUGCAUUUGAACGGACUCGUCAUGUCUAAGGAUGACCGUGAGCUUUUCAGUCAAGAAUCGUUGGGUGAGCUGCAGCAGCGUGUCAAGCAGGCUAUUGACUACAAUAUCACUGAUGUAGAAAUCACCGCACAGGUGUUCAAGAAGAUUCUUCCGCUGUUCCUCGAUACGUGCCCCCAUCCCGUCAGUUUCACGGCAUUGAAGAACAUCUCUUCGGCAAUCCUACCCACAGACUCAGAGUGGAAAGACUACCUUAACCGGUGCGAAAACAUGUACCAGAAGAUGAAGAAAUCUAUUGACGAAGGUCUCCAGUCUUUGGUUACUGAAGCAGUCAAGCUCAAGGAUGAGGCUGAUAAGGAGCCCUGGCUCAACGAUCCUUGGCUGUCGCAGCUGGACUGGACUAUUAAGCCCAUCAAGAUGGUGAAGAUUCCUGCCAAGCAAGGAGGAGGUGAACGGCUUCCAAAGAACGUCAAGUUCCCCGGUUACCCUGAAUGGUACAAGGCCUUGUUCAAGUCGUCUGCUGGACCUAUGCAUAUCACCACAAAGACACGAAUCACUCCGUUGUUGCUGCGUUUGAAAUGGGAAGGUUACCCUGUUGUUUGGAGUGACAAGGAAGGCUGGAUGUUCCGAGUUCCUGUUUCUGAGCAGGCUCAUUUCGAGGCCAAGAAGUACAAACUGGCCACUCUCGAUACAGAGCCGCAUCUUCGAGAUGAUGGCUCGACCCUGUGUUUCAGAAUUCCUCAUAAGGAUGGCGGUAACACUCGAACCACACAGCUCAUGGGCAAGUCCUUCCUGGGACACUUUGAGAAGGGGACCCUGAGCUCAGACAACCCCCAGACCAAGGAGAUGUUCGAGAUGUCUGUCUGCUCCUCUUACUGGGUGUCCAACCGGUCUCGAAUCAUGUCUCAGCACUGCAUCUGGGACGGGGAUGGUGUGGAUAUGGGCCGUGGUCCUGGAUUUGGAAUUAUCAUUCCCAGAAUCAUUCCCAUGGGCACCAUCACCCGACGAUGUGUUGAGAAUACUUGGCUGACAGCCUCCAACGCCAAGAAGAAUCGAAUCGGAUCCGAACUCAAGUCUAUGAUCAAGGCUCCUCCGGGCUACUCCUUUGUGGGAGCAGAUGUGGACUCCGAGGAGCUGUGGAUUGCUUCUCUCUACGGCGACUCUUGUUUUAAAAACCACGGCUCCACCGCCAUUGGCUGGAUGACUCUGGAGGGCACAAAGUCCGAAGGCACCGACCUUCAUUCCAAGACAGCCUCGAUUCUAGGAAUUUCUCGAAACGAGGCCAAAAUCUUCAACUACGGCCGUAUCUACGGAGCAGGUCUCAAGUUUGCCGAAGCGCUUCUCAAGCAGUUUUCUCCCAAUGUCACAGAUGCCGAAGCUUCCACGCUUGCAGGCCAGCUCUACACUUCUACCAAGGGUAAGAAGAUCUACUCGAUUGGUAAGUACUCUGGAGGAACCGAGAGUAUUCUUUUCAACAAGCUCGAAGAGAUUGCCACCCAGGAUAUGCCCGAGACUCCUGUUCUGGGAGCCGUCAUCACCAAGGCUCUCUCCUCUCAGAACCUCAAGAAGUCAUCGUUCAUGACCUCUCGAGUCAACUGGACCAUCCAGUCGUCAGGUGUCGACUACCUGCACAUGCUUGUAGUUUCCAUGGAGUACCUUGCAGCCAAGUAUGACAUUGACAUGCGACUCUGUAUCACUGUGCAUGACGAGCUGCGAUUCCUGGUCAAGAACGAAGAUGCCUACCGAGCUGCCAUGGCUCUGCAAGUGUCCAACAUCUGGACUCGAGGCAUGUUCUGUCAGCAAUCUGGUAUUGAUGACAUUCCCCAGGGCUGUGCUUUCUUCUCCGCCGUGGAUAUCGACCACGUGCUUCGAAAAGAGGUGGACUUUGACUGCAUCACUCCAACCCACCCAGAUCCUAUCCCCCACGGAGAGAGUCUGGAUAUCGAAGGCCUGCUGGCCCGUAAAGACGCCCGGUUGGAGGAUGCCACUCACGUGAUUGAUCACUCUAUUGACAAAAAGGCUCAAAAAUUCCCCUACACAAGCCGAACCCCAGUGCUGGCGGCUCUUGAAUCUAACCCCUCAAAGGUGAUCUCUUCUUUACUGGAUCAGAUUGGCGGAGACAAGAGAGCGAUCAGAAAGCUAAGCAAAUUGUAA